CUUUACCCACACCAAUUUCAAGUAUCCAUCUAUCAAACAUUUCGUCAAACACCUUGUGUGCAAACCAAAAUCUCCAGUGGAUCCAAUUCCAGAUUCAAGAACACCACACGAAACGACAAACAAAUCGAUUCUGAUCAAUUCAGUACCAAAAACGGAGGAUUACGAAGCCAAAAGACAUUAAUUUAAUCCACUCUCUGACAACACAAAGGGGCAAAACUUCUAAAUCCACUUGCAGAACAUCUUAUUCAACAAUUUCGGCAUCAUUAUUGAAGAAUUGGUGUGUAUUUUGGGUUAAUGCAUGAGACACUCGAAGAAUCUCAACCAGAAAUGGCUCGUGAGAUCGUGAAUCUGUUACGGCCGCGUUACGUCAUCUUGUUUUUGAUCGGUUCACUUUUUGUGUUUCUUGUAUUCUCCUCGUUCUCUCAACAGGAGGAAGAUACUGUGGAUGAGGUGUAUGAAAUUACACACAGAGUAUUCUUGGAUGUGGAUGUUGAUAAGCAACGUUUAGGAAGAAUAGUUAUCGGAUUGUAUGGCGAAGUGGUGCCAAAAACUGUUGAAAAUUUCCGUGCUCUAUGCACAGGGGAAUUGGGAAAAAAUAAAAGUGGUAAACUGCUACACUAUAAAGGAACACCAUUCCAUCGUAUCAUACCCGGGUUUAUGAUUCAAGGUGGAGAUAUUGUCCACGGUGAUGGGCACGGGAAUGAAUCCAUAUACGGUGGCACAUUUCGCGAUGAAAAUUUCAAAAUUAAGCAGUCACAUCCAGGUAUGGUGGCUAUGGUGAAUUCAGGACCAGAUUCCAAUGGCUCACAAUUCUUUAUAACCACUGUUAAGGCCUACUGGCUGGAUGGAGAACAUGUGGUGUUUGGCAAAGUGAUAGAAGGGAUGGAUAAUGUGUAUGUGAUAGAAGGAAGUGCGGGUACUUACAGUGGCAAACCUCGUAAAAAAGUAGUAAUUUCUGAUUCUGGUGAAAUCCCGAAAAGUGAAUGGAACGUUGAAACACGAAGCACAACAAGUGAAUCGUGACACUUACACGACAAUAGCCACAUUUUUGUCAUCAUAAUUGUGUUUCUUGGGGUUUUACUUUUUAGAUAUAGCUUUCAUGUUCUUUAUUAUCAUCGCUAUCUACAUUUUUCUUGAUGAUGAUGUCUUAUAGUGCAGUGAUUAGAAACUUUAGACAAGUGCAACAUGUAUCUUUGCACUUUAUUACUCAUACAUGUCUAUUUGUAGUAAAUGGAGAGUUCAAGUAUUGUUUUAUGAUAUGUAUAGUAAUUAAAUAAAA